AUGCGCUCAACGAUUUUGUCAAUUUUGCUCCUCGCAUUUGUAGUCUUAUCGUCUGCUCUGAUUGAGAAGCGUGAUAGUGUAACGGCUACAAUUACACCUGGGUCCAACUAUGCAUCGAUAUCAGCGAUUUUAGGCUCCCUCGCCUCAGCCCUAAGCAGCGCAACACCGGCCCCAGGCUUAACACCCAUCGCAGUGCAAACCGCCAAUCUCAGCAACAUCGCCGAACCACCUCCAGGCUUCAUCCCCGCCAUAAUGACUGCCGUGCCCCUAUCCGUCCUGGGCGACUUGCUCGACUCCAGCUCCCGAAGCUCAUUAGCAUCCGAAUUCCAAAAUGGCUCUACACCUGCCUGGUACCAGUCUCUCCCGGCGUCGAUCAAGAGUUACAUCUCCGAGGUGAAUUCGCAGAUUCAUGCCGGUGCGUUGUCGGCGAAUACCUCUGCUGCGAUGGCGACGUCGAGUAGUACGGCGAUGGCGGUGCAGAGGGCUGUUGUGCCAACGGGGGUUGCGAUGGGGGUUAAUGUGCUAGGUGCUUUGGGUGUUGCUGGGUUAGCGUUGGUUUUGUGA